GGGCGGGCGGCAUGGAGGAGCUGAGCAGCGUCGGCGAGCAGGUCUUCGCCGCCGAGUGCAUCCUGAGCAAGCGGCUCCGCAAGGGCAAGCUGGAGUACCUGGUCAAGUGGCGCGGCUGGUCCUCCAAACAUAACAGCUGGGAGCCGGAGGAGAACAUCUUGGACCCGAGGCUGCUCUUGGCCUUCCAGAAGAAGGAGCACGAGAAGGAGGUACAGAACCGGAAGAGGGGCAAGAGGCCCAGAGGCAGGCCGAGAAAGCACACGGCCAUGUCAUCCUGCAGUCGCCGCUCCAAGCUCAAGGAACCCGAUGCUCCCUCAAAAUCCAAAUCCAGCAGCUCCUCCUCCUCGUCCACCUCGUCCUCUUCUUCCUCAGAUGAAGAUGACGACAGCGACUUAGAUGCCAAGAGGGGCCCCCGUGGCCGCGAGACGCACCCCGUGCCUCAGAAGAAAGCCCAGAUCCUGGUGGCCAAGCCCGAGCUGAAGGACCCGGUCCGGAAGAAGCGUGGACGGAAGCCACUGCCGCCCGAGCAGAAGGCGGCCCGGAGGCCCGUGAGCCUGGCCAAAGUGCUGAAGACGGCCCGCAAGGACCUGGGGGCCCCGGCCAGCAAGCUCCCCCCGCCGCUCAGUGCCCCUGUGGCGGGCCUGGCCGCUCUCAAGGCCCAUGCCAAAGAGGCCUGCGGUGGCCCCAGCACCGUGGCCACCCCGGAGAACCUGGCCAGCCUGAUGAAGGGCAUGGCCGGCAGCCCCAACCGUGGCAGCAUCAGCUGGCAGAGCUCCAUCGUCCACUACAUGAACCGCAUGAGCCACAGCCAGGCCCAGGCUGCCAACCGGCUGGCCCUCAAAGCCCAGGCCGCCAGCAAGUGUGGCCUGGGACUAGACCUGAAGGUGAGGACGCAGAAAGGGGAGCUGGGGCUGAGCCUCCCGGGAAGCAAAGUCCCAAAGACCCCCUGCAGCGGGGCUGCCGAGCAGAAGGGAAGCGGGGCAGGGGGGGCCCCCUACACCCACAGCGGCAGCAAGGCCCCUGCAGGGGGCCCGGGCGCCCAGCCUGCACCCACCCAGGAGCUGAGCCUGCAGGUCUUGGACUUACAGAGCGUCCGGAACGGCAGCCCAGGGGCGGGCCUGCUCACCCGCCACGCCCCCGCCGCCAAGUCAGGCUCCGUCCCCGCCGGGAAGGGCCUCACCUUGGGCAGCGGGACCGCCAUGCCCACGGAUGGCGGCAAGGGUGAGAAGCUGGCCUCCAGGGCGGCCACUCUGCCCACCCCUUCGGGCAAGAGGGACACCGGGAAGGGCAGUGCCGCCCCCGGCGGGCAGGAGGGCCCCGCGGCCCCGGGCGACGGCCGCAAGGCCUCGGCCGCUUCUGAGAUGAGCACGGGCGAAGAGAACAGCAGCUCCGACUCGGACCCAGACUCGUCCUCCCUGCCAGGGGCCGGGCAGAGCCUGUCGGUGUCGGUGCAGACCAGCCAGGACUGGAAGCCCGCCCGCAGCCUCAUCGAGCACGUCUUUGUCACCGAUGUCACCGCCAACCUCGUCACUGUCACCGUGAAGGAGUCCCCCACCAGCGUGGGCUUCUUCAACCUGAGGCAUUACUGAGCGCCACACGGCCAGGCCGCGGGCCCGGGAGCUGUCUCCUCACCGUGCAGGCCCGGGCCCCCCUGGCGAUUCUACCUCUUGGCCCCCACUUCCCUCCCGAGUCCUCUUGGGCUCCUCAGCGCGCUACUCUGGCGACGCCCACCCCACCAUCCCAGAUGUGGGGCCCGGUGACCGGCUUCUAGUCCAGCCGAUGUCCCCCGAAGGGACAGUGAAGGGUGCUCUAGCAUCUCUGCCUGGCACCAGUUUCUAGAAGAGACUGAGGUGUCGCUUCUGUCAAAGGACGGUGGAGGCCUGUCAGAGGCCUGCGGGAGGGAGGUGGUUUCCGUGCGAGGUGGAGAAGGGGCAUCCCGCUCGACUCAGCUGUCGCUGCAGCCUCUGCUGUUGGGCAGGAGCCCCCGUGAGGACCAGUCCCCUCCAACGCCACCCUGCCGGGGCUCGCCAGCCACCCGGGCCAGGCUGGAGGGGCCUGGAGGUGCUCUGUGUGGCUGGAAUUGGUCUUGUGAGGAACAGACCAGCUCCUGGCUGCGCCCCACACACAGGUGCUUAUUGCUUGGCCUGACGGCUGGGCCUCAGGCCACUGGGCGGGUGUGGGCGGUAGUUGGCUGCCUACCCUGCCUGGCCAAUGGGCCAUUCUUUGGGUAUCAGUGUCCCUGACAAUCCCACCCCCGCCUUUGGGGGUCCCGUGUUCUCCCCGGUUAAGCUGUAUCCUUGUGCCACUGGGGGUGUGGAAUGAUGAGCAGCCACCCCCGGCGGGGGCCCAGGAAGUCCACCUCUGCGAGCCUUAGCCUUGGGGGGACACUCCUAGAUGCCCUGUGGCUACUUCGACCAGGCGCUGCAGGUCACUGUGUCCAGAGCUGAGCUGUCUGCUCCAUGUCUUGGUCACGUUUCCGGCCAGUGUCCGUGGGGAUGGGGGGGGCAGACUCCAGGAGUCUUUGUGAUGCCAAAAAUGAGGGAGGGGUUGGAUCCCUAGGCUUUGGGUGGUCAGCAUCCAUGGUAGAUGGG